GCUGCAGAUGAAGGCGAUGCCUCGAACAAUGAGGUGAACCAAGUUAAUUUCUCAAGGCGUGAGGAACUUUGACCCUUAAUUAUUCACCGACUUGAACCCAGGCCGCUGGUGUGGGCCAACAGCACAUUCAAAAGCCACAUUGUUUCUUCAAGCCUCGACUUUGAGGCACCAACGAAUCAGUUCAUUGUUGAAGAAGCAGAGCAAGGAGUCAGAUUGAUAAACGGGGAACAUCAGGCACAUCACAUAUAAUAUCGUCGAACCUCGCGCUGUGUCGGUGAACAAGCCCAACAGACGUCUUCGAGAUGGGUUGUUAUGAGUGUUGCGUGCGAUGCCUCGGGGGAGUGCCCUAUGCCUCCCUGUUGGCGACCCUGCUGUGUUUCUCUGGCAUCGCCCUGUUCUGUGGCUGUGGGCACCAGGCUCUCACAGAGACCGAGAGGAUCAUAGAAACCUACUUCGCCCGCAACCUGGAAGACUACAUUACCCUAGCAUACCUAAUUCAGUAUUUUCAAUACAUCAUCUACGGCCUGGCUUCCUUCUUCUUCCUCUACUGCAUAAUGCUUUUGGCCGAGGGCUUCUACACCACCAGCGCCAUGAAGCACACCUUCGGCGAGUUCAGGAGCACGGCGUGUGGUCGCUGCCUCAGCUCCACGUUCAUUGCGGUCACGUACAUCCUGGCUGUCCUCUGGCUCCUAGUCUUCGCCUUGUCAGCACUUCCAGUGUACUUCUUCUACAACAUGCAUGCCACCUGCCACACAAUCGAUGACCUGACGGAGACACCGACAAGCAUUAACCAGCUGUGUAUUGAUGCCAGACAGUUUGGAUUGCUACCUUGGAAUGCCAUCCCAGGGAAAGCCUGCGGAAUGACCCUGUCAAACGUGUGCAAAACAAGAGAGUUCUUCCUGACCUACGACCUGUACAUAGCAGCAUUUGCGGGCGCUGGGAUUACACUGCUGGCUCUGCUGACCUAUGUGGUCUCCACCACCUAUAACUUUGCAGUGCUGAGGUACUUGGGAAGAAAAGGCAUAAGUCCACGGUGUUAGGCUGUCCUCCUCUCCUCUGUCCUUCCUAUGAACAAUGCACAUCGAGGCGCACACUGGGGACUCUGGGAACUUCUUCCCAGGCUGGGCUUGUUGCUAAAAAUGGGCUUUUUAAUCAGCAAGUGCACAGCUGUAGAACGUGUUUCAUCAUUGGGUCAGAUGUGUCACCGACUCACCGUAGCACUUUCAUUGGUAGUUCAGGAAAACCGGGAGAAAAAAUAACUUGGACUUUUUAGUUUUAGAUGAAAACCAGGGUUUUUUGUAAAUGUUGUUUUUUGUAAAGAGGACCUAAACCAUAUCUUUUUAAAUUCAUUAUGUUUAACUCCUACUUAUGUUUCAAGUAUUGUUACAUUUUCAAAUGAUAGUCAUAUGUUAGUCACUGCAUCUCUCUCAUGUGCUGAGUUUCUGCUUAGAUUUAUUUUGUCUUUCACAUCCCAAGACUUUGUUAGUUUUGUUAUUACGACAAGCUGUGAUUUAACUUAAAGGAGACUCUUCCCCAAAACAUGUUGAUAUGGAAUAUUGAAAAUUUGCUAGCAAGGCUCUCAAAAACGGCACUGAAAAUGAUGAUUGGUUACUGUGGACACCAUCACCUACAUCUGGUUGCCAUGGCACCAGACAAAAAUAGUACUUGCAGUCUUGCUGUGACCCCAGUGCCUCUUUCUCACAGCCUUUAGUGGGCAGUUGAAAGGUUUUCACAAUAGAGCAGAGCCUUCUCAGACAGAGGACCAAUCAGAGAGGUAUCUACCGCAAACCUGUCACUGCCCCACGCAAGGGGUCAUUUUACAUGUCAGAGGAGAGCCUUUGCACACAAAGAGGGGCUGAAAUGGUUCAGCUGUUUGAAUGGAACCCUUAUGUGACUGGUACAUGGCUCAGCAACAACCCCCUCUUCCCUGGUGGCACAGCAAUAGUCAAAUAGUUGGGGGAGGCAUUGUCUAUGAUGGCAGCCAGAUGUCUUGCAGACUCAGAUGUUUGUAGUGGUUUCCAACCAUGCAUUGGAUUGGGAAAAACAUUUUGCUCUUUCAGUAGAAUGAUGUAUUGUAAUUCUGUACUUAGAUGGUUGUUUUUAGUAUGAAAAGGAGCCUCAAUUUAAAAAAAGGAAUUGUGUAAAGAUGUGCCAAGAUGGUCUGAUGCUUCUGCGAAACUGCAGGUUAUGUGUGUGUGUGUGUGUGUGAACUCCCCCUAGUGCUCGCCAAAUGUCACCUCUUUGUGCAAGUCUAAGAUGUCAUCUGAGUUGAGCUGCAUCGUCUUGCAUCAGUAACUGUCAUGUGAAAAAUUAGUAGUUAUUGUAUAACAUGUCUUUUACCUUAGGCCAGCGUGUCAUUACUCCUUACAGAAAAAUGUAAGUUAUAUUCAGAGUAUUUCGAUGUCCUUUACUAACAAUAUUUGUUGGAAUUAUGGAUAGAGGAUAGGUUUAUUUCGCUUAUACUUUAUCCAUCAGCGCAGGUUACAUUUUCUAACCUGGUGACUGAAAUUGUGACAACGAUUUGAUAAUAAAAAUAAAAAAAUCUGAGAGACUUGUUCA